UGUUCUCAGCCGGACAGUAAACAGUAAAAUGAGUAAAAGUGAAGAGAAAUCGCCGGUAAAGAGCGGAGAUGCAGCGGAACAGGACUGGGAAGCGGCCAAAACCUUCUUCAACAACCUGAAGAGUAAAAAACCCAGACCUCCCAAGCCGAACACUGCGAUCACGAUUGCCGUUUCAUCUCGCACUCUCUUCAACAUGGUGGAGGAGAGGAAGAUCUAUGAGGAGAAAGGACUGGAGCACUACGUGAACUACAACGAACAACAUGAGAACCAACCACUUAAACCUGGAGCAGCCUUCCCCUUUGUCAAGGCGCUGAUGACGGUGAAUGCUCGCCUGAGGGAGCUGUACCCUGACAGUGAGGAGCUGUUUGAUAUCGUAUUAAUGACUAACAACCACGCCCAGGUGGGGGUGCGGCUAAUCAACACCAUCAAUCACUACGACCUGCUGAUUGAGAGGUUUUGUAUGACGGGAGGUCAGAGUCCAGUCGGUUACCUGAAGGCAUACCUGACAAACCUGUACCUGUCUAAAGACUCGGAGAAAGUGAAGGAGGCCAUCGAGGAGGGCAUCGCAGCAGCCACCCUGUUCAGUCCGGAUAAGAAGAUGGAUCUGAGUGAAUCUCAGCUUAGAGUAGCGUUUGAUGGUGACGCAGUACUUUUCUCAGACGAGUCAGAGAUCAUCGUCAAACAGCAAGGACUGGACGAGUUCUUUGAGCAUGAGAAGGCAAAUGUGAACAUACCCCUCGCUCAGGGUCCUCUGAAGUGUUUCCUGGAAGCGUUGGGGAAACUUCAGAGGAAAUUCUACGCUAAGAACGAGCGGAUGAACUGCCCAAUCCGUACCUUCCUAGUGACGGCACGCAGUGCGGCCAGUUCCGGAGCUCGGGUUUUAAAAACUCUGCGCAGCUGGGGUCUGGAGAUCGACGAGGCACUCUUCCUCGCGGGAGCUCCUAAAGGUCCUCUCCUGGAGAAGAUCAAACCACACAUCUUCUUCGAUGAUCAGAUGUUCCACAUCGAGGGAGCCAAGGAGACCGGCACCAUCGCUGCACAUGUGCCUUAUGGGAUUGGACAGAAAUAUCACAAAGGCAAACUGAUCGAGCAGCCGGAAAAACAGAAGUGAGAGGGAGAGGAGGCCGAGCUUCAGGACCUGAAGAGUCUGAUUAAUCUUCAUCACUGGGUUAAAAGGAGCACUUAAAUUUAAUUACUUCAAAAAGUUUACAGUAUGCUAAUUAGGUAUGUGCUGAUACUCAGUUACACUGAAUGGUGAAGGGGUGGUGUUAGGAUGUGGGAGGAGUCAGGGUGAGGAGUGCUAUUUACUCAGAUUUAUCUCCUGGAUAUUAAACAUUACUUACAGAGGAAUUUGGUUUUUUUUGUGUUUUUAUCAGAUGGUAGUGGAGUUAGGGUGAGGGGUGUGGUUAGGAUGGAGGUGGAGUUAGUGUGAGAGGUGUGGUUAGGGUGAGGGUUGUGGUUAGAAUGGAGAUGGGGUUAGGGUGAGGGGUGUGGUUAGAAUGGAGAUGGAGUUAGGGUGAGGGGUGUGGUCAGAAUGGAGAUGGAGUUAGGGUGAGGGGUGUGGUUAGAAUGGAGAUGGAGUUAGGAUGAGGGGUGUGGUCAGAAUGGAGAUGGUGUUAGUUUUUAAAUUCAGACAAUUGAAAGGAACACUUUAGUGUCUGUAAAAUGUAAGAGGUUGUUACCAUGGUAACCAUAUUUAGCUUAAGAGUUAGUUAAAUGAGUUUAAUAAAGUGUUUAAUAUCUCUGCAUGUCUGAAAAUAUUUAAACAGGUUUGUUUUAUUGUAGAGUUCCUCGUGUUGUGGUCUGUAUUAUGGCUGAUGUUCUCAGCUCUGUUUAAGGUGUCAUGGGGGUUUAACAAAGUGGAAUUUUAUGGAAUAGUGUUUACAGUACAGAGGUACAGGGGUAUUUACAGUACAGAGGUACAGGGGUAUUUACAGUACAGAGGUACAGGGGUAUUUACAGUACAGAGGUACAGGGGUAUUUACAGUACAGAGGUACAGGGGUAUUUACAGUACAGAGGCCAGCAGCUGCAGUUUCAAUAGGAAAUAUGUUUACAUGAGAAACCGCUAUCACACAAACCAUUUGGGAACCAUCUGAGAAGAAUUACAGUGGAUAGAGCACUUAAUUUAAAUCAUUUUACUGUUUUUACAAAAUAAUAUUAAUGCUGUUAGAAAAGGUCUUUGUUCUUUAGUGUAGUUUAGUUAUUUAAUCACAAAAAUGUGUUGUGAAGAAAAGAUAAAUCCCACAGUAAUCCCACAAUAAUCCCACAGUAAUCCCACAAUAAUCCCACAAUAAUCCCACAGUAACCCCACAAUAAUCCCACAGUAAUCCCACAAUAAUCCCACAAUAAUCCCAUAGCAAUCCCACAGUAAUCCCAUAGCAAUCCCACAGUAAUCCCACAAUAAUCCCAUAGCAAUCCCACAAUAAUCCCACAGUAAUCCCACAAUAAUCCCAUAGCAAUCCCACAGUAAUCCCACAAUAAUCCCAUAGCAAUCCCACAGUAAUCCCACAAUAAUCCCAUAGCAAUCCCACAGUAAUCCCACAAUAAUCCCACAAUAAUCCCAUAGCAAUCCCACAGUAAUCCCACAAUAAUCCCACAGUAAUCCCACAAUAAUCCCAUAGCAAUCCCACAGUAAUCCCACAAUAAUCCCACAGUAAUCCCACAAUAAUCCCACAAUAAUCCCAUAGCAAUCCCACAGUAAUCCCACAAUAAUCCCAUAGCAAUCCCACAGUAAUCCCACAAUAAUCCCACAGUAAUCCCACAAUAAUCCCAUAGCAAUCCCACAAUAAUCCCACAGUAAUCCCACAAUAAUCCCAUAGCAAUUCCACAGUAAUCCCACAAUAAUCCCAUAGCAAUCCCACAGUAAUCCCACAAUAAUCCCAUAGCAAUCCCACAAUAAUCCCACAGUAAUCCCACAAUAAUCCCAUAGCAAUCCCACAGUAAUCCCACAAUAAUCCCACAGUAAUCCCACAAUAAUCCCA